AUGGAGGUAGCUCGUGGCCGCGUCGGCGACUUUGGUAAAUGGCAGAAACCUGAAUACCUUCUUGCGCCCAAUUUCCACAUCCCCCCCGACGGACCGCUUGCUCUUGGCAGGUUCGUGAAAGAAAUCGACCAAUUCCGUGUGCUUAACAAAGGUUCCGCGCGAGUCCCUAUCCCAGAGUCGGACUUGUACUUGGAUGUCAAAAAAGACAUCGUGGCAAGCGUCAACUCGUCCAGCAACCAUGACGCGAAGAUCCUGGCCCAGUAUCUUGACCGCAGCCUCGGCGGCCAUAUUGGAUUCCGGGGAGCCAAGACCGACAGCGAUAUCUUCAACAUUCAGAGAGUGGAGACAACUUCCUUCGACCUAAGCGAGGAGUAUACCACGAAGUGUCGCCAGCUCCCAGACAUCAAAGUCUACCUCGAGCACCACGACUACAAGAAACCGGUCUACCUGAUCACCGGAUUGAAGAUCGUUUAUGGAGCGUCGUUCUCCGUUGCUCAUGGCCAGGCCUCUGGUCAAGAGGCGGGAGCAGGCGUUGCGUUGGGCAACGAGGCACUCAACUUGGAGGUGAAGGGCGAAGCCAGCCACGGCAAGAAUUCGGGCUUUGCAGCCAGGAUCCAAGGUCCAUCCGACUUCGUUCUCGGCAUCCGACUCCAGAAGUUCUACCACAAGAAGAAGUUUCUUCUCAUCGGCGAAAACAUCGCUCACGACAAGCCGGAGGUCGCGAGGGCGGUUUUGAUGGACAGCGACUACACGGCGGAAGACAAGGAUGAUCAGCUCGUCCCUGUGGAGAUGAGCGACGAGGAGGCGACAAAGAUGGUUCUUUAA